AUGGUCAAGUUCUACUCGUCCAACGAGACGUACUCGUACCCGUUCCCCGCCGUCUCGCUCGCCUACUUCCUCCGCUACCCGAACCCUUACUCUACUCACGUGCUCUCCACCGACACCAUCGCCCGUAACUACGACCCGGAGACUCAACGCCUGACGACUAUCCGCCUCCACCUAAAGCGCUCUAAGGUCCCUUCCGCCGUUCUGAAGCUCGUACCGCGGUCCCUCCUUGGCACUUCAGCCAGCGGAGAAUCGCAGACUUACAUUCUCGAGAAGUCAGUCGUAGACAUCAAAGAAGGAUGGAUGGACACGGAGUCACGAAAUCUGGAAUGGACAGGUGUGCUCUCUGUUGUAGAGAGGCAGAAGUUCAUACGUCCUUCGCCGUUGGUACCCGACGACGUGAAGAUGCGGCAAGCCAUGGACGGUGCCACACAACGCCAGGGCUUCAUCAGCUUUGGCGGCAAGGGUGCAGGUGCCAGGGUCGAGGAUUCGGGUGAGACUACCGACGUCAUAAGCUCUGUCACACUACACAGUCACAUCGGGGAGACAUGGAAGAAGAAGCGUGCGGCUGCAAGGGAGGACGCUGCGGAUGAGGAACAGCCACAAAAGAUGGGCUUCCUGCGGAGUUGGGGCACCGCGGCUCUUCAGCGAAACAUCGAGAAGAUUGGUCUGUCCCGCGCGCAGCGAAGUCAGCCGAAUGCGCGUGAAGGCAUGAAAGUCGUUCUGGAGCGUAUGCGGGAAGGCGGCCUCGUCGGGGUACUGGAGGGCAUGCGACAAGACCGCGAGGCCAUUCUCGCCGGCCGCCCACUGUCGACCCCAAGAGCGAUCACCAAAGACGAGUGA